CGGGCAGGCACAUGCAAGAACGCUCAACAACAGCGAAUCCCCUCUUUUAUUUAUUGCUAUAUGUACUACAGCUGGUUAUCGAUUCUACGGCACCCGAGAACUACGCAUGAAUGCACCUCCUCUCAUCAGCGCAUCACACUGAUCCGGCCGGCGACGCCGUCACCCGAAUCCCCAAGAUGCGCUGAAAAGAAACGGGAGCCCUUUCAUCGCCUUGAAACAGGCCACCCUAAACCAUAUUCGAAGAACAAAUGGAGGAUAGUAGUAGCUUGCCGAAGGAACUAGAGGGUAGCACUCUCGGACGCAAUUCCAGGGACGAUGACCAGGGGAGCUAUCGGUCCAAGAGAUCGCAAGUAUCAGGCGGCUUCCUACUUAGUUCAGCAUACCCAACCAAAUCACGGCGAUCACUGUCUGAGCAACAUGGUCAACAAGGUUAUUUGCAAGGAAGCGGGAAACGCAGGUCUGUUAACGACGAGAUAAUAACCCCGAAGAAACGGACGUCAACCGUUCGGACGAGGGGACAGCAAGGGGAUAGUCUGAGGGCAUCUCCACUGGCUGCUGUGACAAACGCGUCGACUUCGGAGGAGCAUGAUGGCCAUGAGAACGGAUCCGCUACGUCGAGAAAUGCACAUAUGCGCGCCUCCAACCCUCCAGCUGCGGGUUUGGAUACCGAUCCGGCCCAGAUUGUCAAUCUUGCAUUAAGCCUUAGUGAAUCUAGGAGGAGGACCCAUCUCGGCCGUGUACCGUCAAAUCCAUUGCUGAAUGCCCGCCGAACUACGCCAAAUAGUGCGGGGCUGUUCGCGCCUUCGGAUAUUGCUCAGCGGUCAGUUUCAGGCAUCAACAGAGGCGGGCGGCACCCUAGUGUCAACACACAAGACAACAAGCAUCUCAGAAAAUCAUAUCCUAAUGCAACAUCGCCGAACGAAAUAAUAGCGAAUAGUUUUGUUACUCCUGGACCCUUGCUAGGUGAUGACAGUUUCGACAUGGAAAUGGCGUGCUCAGAUGCAACGAUAGCUAGGGUUGAAAAGGCUAAACAGCAUUUUGAACUCUUCGAACAAUAUUUGCGGCUACUUUCAGAUCUACCUCCACUCCCUCACUCAACUUCGCAGGCUUUCAGAGAUGUGAACCCUAGUAGAGCCUACAAUCCACUACAAUCUAUCCGCAACAGAAAGCUACGAUUUAGAGAAAAGUGCCAAAUUGAUGUUGAAUCCGAGGGGUGGCAAGAUGUGUCAAGGGUUCAGAAAUGGGUCGACUCUAUCGAAACAGUUCAUGGACACAAUGUUCGAGAUCCAUACCAAUGUCUGAGCUUACCACAGUUUCAUCCCACAGAAGACGGAAAAUUGGACAAGGGUCAAGGCGAUGAUGAUUCUGUAUUGCAUCCAUUAAACUCAAGGGCGAAUCGCACGGGUACAAGACCGCAAAGACCGCGCCUUGAGUGGGUGAUCUCUCCGGCAGAGCUCCUCGCCGAUGCUGCUUGGCUUGAGAACGAUGCCAACAAGUCUAAAACCGUAAACAGCAACGGGGACAGGCUCUAUCCUGAUUCUCGAAAACUCAGACUUGUUAGCGGAUCAGCUACACAAUCCAAGCUACCCUCAAAUCUCAGCAUCGAAAAUGAUGAAAACUGGCAAAUAUCAAUGGAACAGUCCACAGUACUGCCGAGUUUCGAGAAAAGCAGACCUGAAAAUGACUUGGAUCGAGUCCGUCACAAACGAAAGCUGCGGAAUGCACUGCAUAUACCUCAUAGUAGUUCCGAUGGAAUACACGCUCCAAGGUGGACUCGAUCAAACAGCUUAUCAAGCGACUCGAGUAGUGUUGGUGCCGUAUCGCGUGGCAGAGCCCGUAAAUCAAGAUGGGGAAAGCAAUUGGACAACAAGCUAGGAUCCACUACGCAAGCAGAGGAAGUUUUCGAAGGGGUGGAUCAACGCUCCGGGUCUUCCAAAGCAGAUUCAAAGGCUUCUGUUCCAGCAUCUCAGGAAAUUCCGGCUGAACGCCGCAACUAUGGUGAGAAAGGCCACGGCCUGGUUUCUCCAGCAGGAAGCACGACUGGAAAGGAAGAUCAUCGAAUGUCUCUAGAGGAAAUGGAUAGCACCGCUCCCAAUUCACCUAUCCAAGGACCUAUUUUCCCCAGCAUUACCGCUAAAUUAUCCCCACCGUCGAGUCGCUCGCCGUCUCCUCGAAAACGUUUACCGCGCGUUAUUGGGUCUUUGAACGAGCGAGCUAGAAGCAAGCGUCACAAUUUAUUUGACACAGGAGAGAGCAUUGAUGAAAAUCCGCUAGAGACAGAUCUCCGCAAGAGAACAACGGCAGACUCCAGCCCAAAGGGAAGUGGUAGCCCUAGAACUUUGGAGCCCAGCCCAUUGCCAGAGCCGCCAUACAGCCAUGACGACGUCAUACUAGGAAGCUUUCAACGAUCAGAAAGCUAUGCUUCGCCAAAACCUCCUGCUAGCUCUGAGUCGAAAUUGAAGGGAUUCCUUAAAGGUUCCAGAAUUGCAGAGAUUGUUGGAAGCGAAGUGUCAAAAAUGGGAGAUAUGAUACGGCGCAGGGAUGGAAGUGGCCAUUCACGCCAGUCGUCAUACGCUGCAAGCUUCGUAUCUGACUACCGCGAUUCUGACGAGGAGAGAACCGACGGCGAACCUAAGCAAGCACCAUUGCGUCGAGGAAACACUUUGGUCGAUGAUGAAUCGGAGGCCGUAUUACAAACACACACUGGGCAGAGAACUUCAAAAACUUCAUUUUCACAUCUCUCACCUUUCACGGCCCCCCUUCGACAUGAGGAUGGCGGCGAGCUCUCGGAUUUGGACUCUCUUCCACAAGACAUUAGACAUGCCAGCAACGUCCAUUUUACCAGAGCUCAUCCCAGCGAGCCCUCAAUGACGUCGCCGGGUAUAACGUCGUAUACCGAUCGCCGAAACAGCUAUGGGUUUAGUGAUUCCUUCAAUUCGCUAGAGUCGAACCGGGCUCGAAAGUUGAUCGGAAGAGGCACUGAUUUACCCGUUCCUGGUAAACCACCAGUGACAGGAUUAGCAAGUGCCAAUCCGUCAGUAGCUAAACGACCUACGCUACCAGAAGAAAGCCGAGCUUGGAGUCUAUCCGAACGAAGUAUCCCAAGAUUAACAGACCCGAAUACCACCGAGAAAUGCGAAAUACUACGGUGCCAAGCUCUACUCCUAUCUUCAGGCAUCAAAGCCCGUGAAAUCGUCUGUCAAGCCAACGAGCCCCGUGAUUCUCCUCCUAAAUUCCUCGUCCGUAGCCUCGUCAAUACGGACGCUCCGAUUCCACGGAUUCCUCGAAUUGACGAGUUCAACUACGCCGCUCGCAACCUGCUCGAACGGUUCGAGAACACAAAGGCAGAUCUGAACAAGUCCAUGUACCGCUUCUCCAAAUCCGGUCUAGGCCCGUUGACCGACGACCUCAACUGUCUUGAGAAUCUAAUCAACAACUCCCUCACACCGCGAGUGCGCGCCGCGGCGCUGCACGCAGAGACGUUGAGUACGCAACUCAAUACAACCAGCACCCUUGCCAUCAAGCAACUCAGCGAGGCGCUCGACAAGGGCGUUCGGAAACGCAACCGCCGUUUCCGUUUGAUUAGGCGUGUUGGGUUUGUGUUGCUAGAAUGGGUGCUGGUCGGUGUUAUGUGGUGGGUGUGGCUAGUGGUUAUGGUCUUCAAGGUUUUCAGGGGUAUUGCCAAGGGGGCGUUGACAAGUAUUCGCUGGGUUUUGUGGAUUUAACAUAUAAUUUAUGAUCUGAUCCUUGUAUUACUCAUCUUAGUUCAUUAUAGUUGAGCGUGUCUAUGUUCGUGUAUAUAUGUUCUCUUAUACCUCCAGCUUUUAAUAUAUUAACAUCAAUGCAUUAUGAUAUCAAGACCAUAACAAUUUUC